AUGGUCGUACCCGGCCCGGAGUCCCGGCGGGCGGCGGCGGCCACCAUGCUCCUGCGCACUGCUCGGGUCCCACGCGAGUGCUGGUUCUUGCCCACCGCGCUGCUCUGCGCCUACGGCUUCUUCGCCAGCCUCAGGCCGUCCGAGCCCUUCCUAACCCCUUACUUGCUGGGGCCGGAGAAGAACCUGACUGAGAGGGAGGUCUUCAAUGAAAUAUAUCCAGUAUGGACUUACUCUUACCUGGUGCUGCUGUUUCCUGUGUUCCUUGCCACAGACUACCUCCGCUAUAAGCCUGUCAUUCUGCUCCAGGGACUCAGCCUUAUUGUUACCUGGUUCAUGCUGCUCUAUGCCCAGGGACUGCUGGCCAUUCAAUUCUUGGAAUUCUUCUAUGGCAUCGCCACUGCCACUGAAGUUGCCUAUUACUCCUACAUCUACAGUGUGGUAGACCUGAGCAUGUACCAGAAAGUCACGAGCUACUGUCGAAGUGCCACCUUGGUGGGCUUCACAGUGGGCUCUGUCCUGGGGCAGAUCCUCGUCUCAGUGGCAUCCUGGUCCCUGUUCAGCCUGAAUGUCAUCUCUCUCACCUGUGUUUCUGUGGCCUUCGCUGUGGCCUGGUUUCUGCCUAUGCCACAGAAGAGCCUUUUCUUUCACCACGUUCCUCCCUCCUGCCAGGGAACAAAUGGCAUCAAGGUACACAAUGGUGACAUUGCUGCUGACACCGCAGCUUCUAACCACCUUCCGAAGUGGGAGGAUGUUGAAUCAAAAAUCCCUCUAAAUCCGGAGGAGCCACCCGUGGAGGAACAGGAAGCCGCGCCAGGCCGUCUCCUCGUGCUGAAGGUCCUGUGGAGUGAUUUCCUGGUGUGCUACUCCUCCCGGCCUCUGCUCUGCUGGUCUGUGUGGUGGGCCCUCUCCACCUGCGGCUAUUUCCAAGUCGUGAACUACGCACAGGGCCUGUGGGAGCAGGUGAUGCCUUCGCGCCAUGCUGCCAUCUAUAACGGCGGUGUGGAGGCCGUUUCAACCUUACUGGGUGCUGUUGCAGUGUUUGCAGUCGGUUAUAUAAAAAUAUCCUGGUCCACUUGGGGAGAACUGGCAUUGUCUCUGUUCUCUCUCCUGAUUGCUGCUGCAGUGUAUAUCAUGGACACUGUGGGUAACAUUUGGGUGUGCUACGCAUCCUACGUUGUCUUCAGAAUCAUCUACAUGUUACUCAUCACGAUAGCAACUUUUCAGAUUGCUGCAAACCUUAGCAUGGAGCGCUAUGCCCUAGUGUUUGGUGUAAAUACCUUCAUUGCCUUAGCACUGCAGACUCUGCUCACUCUAAUUGUGGUAGAUGCCAGUGGCCUUGGCUUGGAAAUUACCACUCAGUUCUUCAUCUAUGCUGGUUACUUUGCACUCAUCGCUCUGGUUUUCCUGGCUAACGGUACAAUCAGUAUUGUGAAGAAAUAUAGAAAGCAAGAAGAUCCAGAAUCAAGUUCUCAAGUGGCCCCCUCAUAA